AUGAACGGUAAAACAUUUGAAGAUUUCACAUUUGAAAUGCUGAACAGGUUGAGCCCUGUGAAGCUACAAAGAAGUGAGAUUCCGUUCGAUUCUGUACGAGAAAUUAUUUUAAACGAGAUAAAUCUAGGAAAACAAAUUUGCAAGAAAGCACGCAGUGAUAAUACGGUAUCCAGCUUAUCAUAUACAAUUUUAAGCUCAUUGAAAAUUACAGAGUACAAUGCAAGACAGUCGACGCAAAUUGCAUAUUUUCCGGAAGAUUCCCUUCCAUCUGCCUUAGAAGAACUUUAUUGGAACUUGCUAAAUGAUUCAAAGACAUCUUCUGCAUGCGCUUAUUAUAGCAUAACCGAUACUUUAAAUUUGUACUAUCGCGAUAAAACCUGGGACAAUCAUUGCGAGAAGCUUUGCUGUUCUGUCCUAUCCUCCACUAUCUAUCGAACGUGUCAACAAUUGAAUGAAGCACAUGAAUCGAAAGAUUGCAGCGACGAGAUAAGAAUAAAAGAACUUCAAACGCAGGUUCUAUUCGGCCUCCAUUUGUUCGCACAUCAUUGUCAAGAUCAGACGACUCAUCUGGAUGAUGUCAUUAACAAACUUCGCCUCAUUUUUAUCACGGCCGAUUCUCAAAGAAUGCGAACGUUUUUAGAAGAAGAUGUAACUGAUAUUUUUAUUGACUACAUUCCUGAAUCUUUGGCGAAAAUCUACGAGGAUCUUUGCAUAUCAAUACCAAUUGAUUUAGCUCAAUAUGAAAGCGGAUUUAAGCGUUCGAUAAAGAAAGAAAUUGAAGAAGUUGUUGAGCAGACACCAAUGGCGAAACUGAGAAUGGCAGCGAACAAAAGCCGGAAUCGAUACUCAAAGCGCUUAUCAGAAAUGGUGAAAAAGAGCGAGGCGAAUACACAAAUGACGACGCGAGCUCGCGAAAUGAUGGAGAAGAAGAUUGAGAAAGCGAAAAUCGCCACACCGCUUCGCAGUAUUCGAAGUUAUGUAACACUGAUUUCGAUGGCAUUUGAUGGCGAAGUUCCGGAUGAGGGGUGUACCGGAGAGCCGACGCAAAAGAAUCGCGCGGGGCGUGUAAAAAUCUUCAAUGAGCCCGGCGAGGACACGCACUCGAUUUAUACUUCGGAAUAUCUUGCGUUGAACCCGCCGACGGGAUUCGGUCGACAUACAUAUCCCCUAUUUGGAUCGCAUGUAUUGCUUAACAGCUACAAUCCCGAUUUUCAUUUUGAUUGGAAUAAAGUGAAGGACAAAUUUAAAAUUUUUGAGAAUAUGACGCCGGUUGAAAAACACGAAAAAGCGAGAGAUAUUUUAUUGAAUAUUAAGAAAGAAUAUUUGGAAGAGCGAUCGGCGAAAUAUAAAGCGUUGGGGCAAAAAAUGUCGGAGAAAAUGGCGAAAAAGAAGGCUUUAAUUACUGCGAAAAAUGAAAAGGCAUCACCAAAAAAGACGAAUGUUAAAAAAUCGCCGAAAAAGAAUGUUGUAAAAAAAGAGGAAAAUGAUGAUUUGAACGAGUUUGGACUCCACGAGGAAGAUGAAUAG